AUGGACGAAACUGCAGGCUCCAUCGCGAACCGCGACGAACCCAUCCCUGUCAUCCAGAUCCCGCUCAACACCGACGAAAAUGCGCCGCCAGAGACGGAACAGCAGAAGCUCGGAAGACGCGAAAGAAUAAAGCAAGAAGCCGAAAAGCUCAAGGGCAAAUUCCAAAACGUUUCGACACAAUACAAGACGACGCAGGGUAGCAUGCAGGAAAGGCUGUUCAACACACUGCUAGAACAAGUCUUUCCCGCAGAAGCAGAUGAUGAUGGUACACCAAAGAAGGACCGUCGCUCGAGACAAUAUGUCGAUAAACCGCAGUUCAGUCUGCCUGUCAUGUCGGCCAAUUUCCGUCGCUUCAACGCAAGAAUCGGAAUCGUCUUUGUCUUUCAGAAUCAAAUGAUACGCCUAUUUACUUGGCGAGAACCAACUCACACCUUGUCCUUCCUGGCUGUAUAUACCCUUGUGUGCUUACAGCCCGCACUGGCUCCUGUCGUUCCGCUAGCAGCACUUCUAUUUUUCGUCAUGAUACCCUCGUUCCUCACACGACACCCACCGCCUCCUGUCACCAAUCCUUCCUCCUCGGUCGAUGCUGCAGCCGCCGAGCAGUAUGCGGCUUAUGGCUACUCGGGUCCGGCUGUUGCUCCUGCUCAGCGUGUGAAGCCUGCUCCGGAGAUGAGCAAGGACUUCUUUCGCAACAUGCGCGACCUGCAGAACUGUAUGGAGGAUUUCAGCCGCGUCCAUGAUGGCGCUGUCGCUGUUGUUAUGCCUUACACUGAUUUCAGCAACGAGCGCUUGUCCUCGGCUGUCUUCCUUUGUCUCACUGCCCUCGUGAGCGUCGCCUUCUUGGCCGCACAUCUCGUACCCUGGCGGGCGAUACUGUUGAUGUCCGGUUGGGCUGCUACGGCCGCAGGUCACCCUCGUGCUCAAGAGAUUAUCAUCAAUGCAGGUUCCUUGGCGCAACUCCAGCUCAUAUAUGACCGCAUAUGCGUGGCUGGUAGCGAAUGGGUUGAGUCUGACAUUGUGCUAGACGAGCCUGCUGAGGUCCGGGAAGUCGAGAUCUUCGAACUUCAGAGGUUGCAGAAGCACAGUCUAGGCGGCGAUGAAGGUGCGGUACUUGAAGGAGAAUGGGAGCCUUGGUUGUUUGCUCCGCAGCCAUUCGCACCAACUUCCCCAUCUAGAAUCGCUGGAGCUCGUCCUGUGGGAACCCAAUUCUUUGAAGACGUACAACCACCGACCGGCUGGCUAUGGCGUGAUAAAAAGUGGACGCUGGACUUGGGCUCCCGGGAAUGGGUCGAAGAGCGAUGCGUCUCUGCUGUGGAAAUCGAGACGGAGGGUGAAAGAUGGGUAUAUGAUCUCGAGAUACCCGACUCCAAGUCAAAAUCAGCAACGCUUGCCCCACCGAAAAGCUGGGAGGAAGGGCCCAGUGUAUCGAAGAAGGGCGAGUGGAGACGAAGGCGGUGGGUUCGUCUUGUCGAGCGCAAGAUCGUCAAGGUCAGUCCUGAAGAUUGA